UCUACAACUGAUUCUGUAAAGCACUUUCACACACAUAUAAAUAUAGCCCACAACAAGUGAAACACUUGAUACAAAAUCUCACUCAACAUAAACUCAGCCGCCGUCGCCGCCGGCUGUUUAUUCCUCCGCCCAAAUCCCUCAUUUUCCGACCCUCAUUCACUCCAUUUCCUCUUCUUCCUCAUUGGUGGUCCCCCUUCUAAUUAAUUAAACUCUAGUUUCAUUUCAUGGCCCGGUCUUCAAAACAAAAGAAUCGCCCAGUCGCCGCUGCCGCCGCCGCCGCCAAUUCCGACAAUGACAGCCACGAGGGCAAGCGGAAGCGAAAAAGUGCACCUAGGGAGUCUCCACAACAACGUAGCUCGAUCCACCGAGGCGUGACGAGGCACCGGUGGACAGGCCGUUUUGAAGCUCAUUUAUGGGAUAAGGAUUGCUGGAAUGAGUCACAAAACAAAAAAGGAAGACAAGUAUAUUUAGGGGCCUAUAAUGACGAGGAAGCAGCAGCUCGUGCCUACGACUUGGCUGCCCUGAAAUAUUGGGGUCAAGACACCACAUUAAACUUUCCACUACCCACAUAUCAAAAUGAGCUUAAAGAAAUGGAGGCACAGUCAAAGGAAGAAUAUAUUUGUUCAUUGAGAAGAAAAAGUAGUGGUUUUUCUCGUGGUGUAUCAAAAUACCGAGGCGUAGCAAGGCAUCAUCAUAAUGGAAGAUGGGAAGCUCGUAUUGGCAGGGUGUUUGGCAACAAGUACCUAUACCUUGGUACAUAUGCCACUCAAGAAGAGGCAGCAGCUGCAUAUGACAUGGCAGCAAUAAAAUACCGUGGAAAUAAUGCAGUUACCAAUUUUGACCUCAGCCGUUACAUUAGUUGUAACAUGGAUGAGAAUAGCCCUGUAGCCGGGGAAGCUUCCCCGACUGAGGCUGAGGUCGCCGUGUCUCCCCCGCUACCCAUCGGGGGUGAAGCCGGUGAGGCGUUAGAGCUUCUUUUGCAUUCCACCAAGUUCGAAGAUACGAUGGAGCCAAAUCUACCACGUAGUAGCUUCCCAGAUGACAUACAAACUUCCUUUGAUAUUCAAGAUUUGAGCACCUAUGCUGAUGAGCACGACAAUACAUUUGGUGACUAUGACUUUUUGUCGAUGUUUCAGUGUGAGCUCGAUGAGUCAACGUGAUCUUUUACAUAUUUUACUAUUCUUUUCAUAUAUUUUUACCUAAUCAUUGAUGAUGAUAUCAAUGUACAUUAUUUGCCCUGAGAUGAUCAAGAAAGAGAGAAAAGGGAUGAUAAAUGAAUAAGGUGAGGUUUUAAUUUAUUUUGGUUUUUGAUUUUUGAUUUUUGAUUUUUGAUUUUCUAUACUUAGGUGAUUUGAGUAUUUGUAAACUCUAUCUCAAUUUUUAGAUGGAGAUUGGAAUGUUUUAAGACUAUUUGGCUAUUCAUAUGUAACAUGGACUUAUAUAUAUAGAUUCAUGUUGUUUUAUUC